AUGUCUUCAAACUCAGUGGCUCGUGCAGAAUCUGUGAUCCUCGCACCCGAUGACACGUAUCCGUUCUGUAUCACGGCUAAGCGUUACACUUUGCCUGUGUUUGAGGAUCGCGAAGAAGCACUUACGCUUAUCUUCUUGCAUUCGACCGGCUUUUUCAAGGAGAUCUGGGAACCAACCCUUGAAGAACUGCUUAAAUGUGUUGCAUCCCAACGACCCGCAAUAAUUCGAGAAGUAUGGGCGAUUGAAUGUCCUAACCACGGCCAGUCUGCUGUCCUAAACGAGGCAACUUUGCAGCUGCCGGAAAAUCAAAACAGGUUUUCGUGCAAGAAUUAUGCCCUAGCUGUCAAGCGGUUUUUGCUUGCCGCACCUUCGAAGGGCGCUAAGGUUGAUUUCAAACGCCGAAAUUUAGUGGGAAUCGGCCACUCACUGGGUGCAGUUGCAAUAACGAUAUUGCAGCACCUAGAACCCCGCCUUCCAUUUAGAUCCAUUAUAAUUGUAGAGCCACUGCUUAGUCCUGGAGGUUGGAAGUAUUUGGAACAACUGUGCUUUAAGCUCGUGAGAGGAGCAUACGAGAGGCGUGAUGUCUGGCCGAACAAAGAGAAAGCCCGUCGAGCAUUAAAAGAUGGUGUCGUCACUAGAAAGUGGGAUCCGCGCAUUUUGAACGUCUUUGUUGAAUAUGGACUGCGAACACACCCCGGAGCGAAGUUUGUAAAUGCGCCGUAUUGGGGUAUGACCCUUUGUUGCACUAGAGAAGAGGAGGCUGCCAUGUAUAGAGAUGUUGAUGGUGCCACCGAGUCUGUUGCUUGUCUUAAUGAAGCUUGCUCUCGUCUUCCGGUGCAUAUCAUCCUCGGGGCUGAGAACGACCAUAUCCCUCAGGAAGUACACAAUGCAAUUAUUGAUCCCUUGUCUCCCCGUCAGUUCGCUUCAAUCUCACGCGUCGAGAACGUUGGGCAUCUAGUGCCGCAAUGUGCUCCGGCAGCACUUGCUGAAAUUAUCCACAGGAUUUUGGUUAAGGGAGCUGAUCCUCCGACAAAAAUAGGCGGACAGAUUACCACGCUUGCUAAACUCUGA